UAUUUAUAUCGUACGUUUCCUCUUCAGUCAUCGAUUCACUUUUUACAUUUUACAUUUUUACAGUAAUGCAGAAUGAUAAGUUUAAGUUUAAGUGUUACACUAUAAAUUAAAUAACACUAACUCUGUAGUAUCCAAAACUAUAAACAGACUAAAAAUAAGUCAUAAAUCUAUAAACGAAGAAACGCCAGGGCGGAAAAAGAAUGCAACAUAAAACUCAUCUAAUAAAUGCUGUGCUCGCAGGUUAAAACCCGAGUGUCUCCUCCGUAAAAAAUCAAAUGAGAAAAAAAAAUCGUCGAUUGCAAAAAUUAGAUCGGAAAAUUUAUACUGAAUUUUCAUCAAUUCCUCGUGAGGACAAGUGCGGGAAACACUUUAGAUCGAAUUAAAUAAAAAUCGCGAACUUGUAAAAUUGCGAGCAAAAAAACUUAAACCUCCCAAAAAAUUUCGGACAAAAAUAAAAUCGAUAAAGAGUGUGGCAAGUGCAGAAGGGGGGGCGGUAGUGGUGGUUGGGCCGGUGGCGUUAAUUCAUCAUCGAAUAAAAUUUUUUCAACUCCGUAACAACUAAAUAAACGAAGAAUUUUAUGGGUGAUUUUUGGUUAAUAAAGUGAAGGAAAUGACGGAUAGUCAGCAGCAAUUCUGCUUGCGUUGGAACAACUUUCAGGCUAAUAUCACAAGCCAGUUUGAAGCAUUACGGGAUGAUGAGGAUUUUGUCGAUGUUACAUUUGCCUGUGAUGGCAGGAGACUCCAGGCACACAAGGUCGUACUAUCAGCCUGCAGUCCGUACUUCAAGGAGCUGUUCAAGACGAAUCCAUGUAAACAUCCAAUAAUAUUCAUGCGAGAUGUUGAAUUUGAACAUCUUCAAUCGCUCCUGGAGUUCAUGUACGCUGGCGAGGUGAAUAUAUCGCAGGCUGAGUUACCCACUUUUUUACGAACGGCGGAAUCUCUGCAAAUCCGAGGCUUGACGGAUUCUCAGAACAACCAGCACAGCAAUGAAAAGCACUCGAAAAGCAACAACAUACAUGCCUUGAACAAGCACGGCCUGAUCUCGCCAACGUUCGACGAUGAGCGCAGUAAAUCCCCACCGGCCUCGAGUCCACCACCUCUGAAAAGGCUGUGUAAAAAAAGUGAUUCACCCAAAAAUUCUAGUCCAGUGCCAGCAGUAACGCCAUGUGCUACCAACACACCACGCACUCGUCCUCUCAUCGAGCCACAAGUACAGCUCGACUGCUUCAAAGAUCUCGAUAUAGUUGAGCCUAAAGUGGAAUUGCCAGAAUAUGGGAGCGAUGAAGAUUUCUCACCGAAACAGGAAGUUAAUGCAAUCCCCGGGGGCUUUCUAAGCUUAGACGGUGGAAUGGAGGUGUUACCAUCGUACCCAUCGUCCUAUCAAAGCAGUGGAAUUGAGGGAGCACUACCAGGCCCAUCACACAGUACCGGUGAAUCAAAUCAGGAGCAAGGUAGAAAAGCUCGUCGUGGCAGGCCACGACUUGGCACUCCAAGAGGUAGGUCAUCACCAUCCAGAAAUGAGUGGCUACCGCUUGGUCCUCUAGACAUGAGUACAACACCACCCACACUGCCCGCAUUCCGUGGAUUCGAGGAAUCGUCAAGCGAUGGGGUGGUGCAUUUGGGCGAAGGUAUAGCUGUAUGUGAGGAGCAAUUGAGGGCGGUGAAGUGGAGUGAUUACAGAAAAUUAACGAGGGGUCUUGCGGCGAUACUUUUUAGUCCAACGGAAUUAGCUACCUGUUCCGUCACAGGCCAACGAUGGAGUCGAGCUGGUACAGCAACAGAGAGACCUGUCAAACCUGCGCUUGAUCGCGCUAAAGUUCAAGCCAUAAUAUCCUAUGUAACGUCGAGAUUUCCAUCCGUGGAUGUCAGUAGUGUGAAGCAAGUCCUAGCAUACAAGUGUAAAGAGAAUUCAACUGCUCUCAAAAUGAAAUCCAUCCGGUACAUCUGCGAGAGACAGGACACAGAUUCUUCACCUCGAGGCGAAACUGAGGAUAAGUGAGAGGGGGCAUUGGGUGCAUGUAGGGUGUAUCCUUCCACCCUCAUGCUACGUCGCGUUCUCCCACACCCUCACCACCAGUUUCGACAUAGGAGCUUAGUUCCCGGGAUGUUCCAUUAUCAUUACUUCAAUAAUCAUCAUCGUCGGGGUCAUUACCAGUCGGAGAAGCUGCUUGUUGUACGUACAACAACACUGAAAACCUUCACAACAAAAUCUUACUUGAAAGUUGACUAGGCAAAUGAUUUUUAAACAUCAACGAUUACUUUCCAACACCUUGGUUAGUUGAAUGAGAAUGAACAAACGAAAGCGCAAUGAAAUUCUUUCCCGAACUAGUAAAUCAAUUAUUUAGUCAAAUAUUGGUUAAUCGCAUUGAGGCCACUGAGAAUUUCUAAAAGCUGGAUCGUACUAUGAUAUUUGAAGGGCCAGUUGAUGCAGCAAAAACGGUCCUACGAUUAAAAAUAGAAAAAAUCAGUGGACUGAAACGAAAGAAUUAUUACUUUCUGCUUUAUAACGGCAGAAAAAAGCACCUAGUGUUCACAUAAAAAAGUAAACUAAUAAAACCGAGUUUCUGGAGGUAAAAACUUUGUAUAAUCGGACUACAUCAAAACCCCAAUAAAAAGUUAAUUCAGGUCUUUCACGUUCAACGAGACAGAAAUUAGAAUAUCGAGCGAAACAUUAUAAAUAUCCUUUAUUAAAAGUUGUAAGUUAUUUUAUUCACUCAGUACUAUCAAGCAAGGCUUCACUAAAUUGGACCGUUAAAAAGAAGAAUUUCCUGAACCAAUUUGUUCAUUCCAAUUCCACCAAAAACAUCAAUUUUUCUUCCCAAAGCUGCAGAAAGUAGUCGUAUGGAAAUUCAAAAAAAAAUAUAUAUAUGACAAACUCGGAUACAUCGUAAAGCAUGAACCCAUGCGAUGAGACUGUGAACAACUCCUCUAGUAUAGACAAGCCUGAGCGAUUUAAAACGGCCAAAUAGAAAGUGAGUGGCUGAAAGAACAUGAGAAAAUAGCUGAAAGGACUACAGUGAAGUAAAAAUGGGAAGGGAUCGCUUCUACAUAAUUUUAUCAGUAGCCUCAAGCAUAAGGGGCGAAUCAGUUAAGGAGCAAUAGGUUGUAAUAUAUCGUGUUGACAACGGAGACAGGUAAAAAUACAACUGGUGAGAGUACAAAACUGUCAACACUGAUGAAAAUAAUUAAAGGACAAAGGAAUGAGAAACUUCGAUAUAAAACAAGGCCAAACCCGAUUGAAUUUGUUCGAUUUAAGUUCUAGUUAUUGGCUGUGAGUGACCAACCCCGGUUCUUGAGCAAAAUAAAUAUGAUGGAUAAGGAAGUGACUACACAAUGAAGAUGAAUAAUUAAGGGAAAAUGUAGUAAAGAGAUAUAUAGAUGUAGAUUAGGAGGAAAAAAGAUGAAGGGUAUUGAAUGCUUUACAAAGGUGAUUAGAAACGUAUACAUUAAUAUAACGAUGGUGACGUAGCACUCGGGGUAUCAACCCAUCCGGGAUACAAGGGUAGACUUGCUAUAGAAUUAUUUAAACUAUUGAAUGAAACAGACGUAAUAAAGUAAAACUCAUACAUAUAUACAUAGUUACACCUGUGUAUACACGAUUAUGGAAAAAAUGCAGUUCUGUUCGCAGUCAACGAUAUAUUGAGUACUGAUGAAAUUAAUCCAUAGAAAGAAAUUAUUUAAAAAAUGAAAAAUGAAAAAGAAAAAAAAAGCUACUUAUAAAUGAAUAUAUUUAGAUGAGAAAAAACCUUAUAUGUAUAUUAUUUGUUGGGAGAUCAUAUUAUAUUACGUCGGAUAAUAUUUAAUAUAUCUAGAAUAUUUAUUUGUUGAUUUUGUGGUGAUAUAGAGAGGUAUAAUAUCAUAAGGAAUUAAAAGAAACAACGUUUACGUAGGAAAGGAACCAUUUUUUCUUUCGGCUGUCGCUGAAACAGUCGAGGUGUCGACGGAGAAUGGGUCAAUUGAAAUGGCCUAAAUAAAUCGAUAAAAAAAAUUCGAGAUAAAUUGAAAACGAAUACCAACUUCUUUUUUUCUGCGGGAGACAUUGGGACUAUUUACCCAGGUCCCCACAUACUUUAAUUUUGAAUUAUCAAAUUUAUGUUUUGGUAUAUUUAUUUUAUGUUAUUGACUUUUUUCUCUCUCCGAUGGAUCAUUUGCACAUAUAAUGAUAUACGAGAUUUAAUAUCACAUCAAGCUUCUGAGGUUAAACACACAUGACCAAAAUGUAGGAAUAAUUAUUUCAGGUCUUCUCAUUUUAAUCGAUUAGAGGGCGAUGUUCAGAAUUACGUGACAUAUUUUACCAAAUGGAGGACAUCCGUUGAAAUCGCGGGGGAAAAAUUGUUGUGAAAAUACAUGUUCGAAUUAUUUUGAGGGCUUUCUUUCUCCUUUGGGAUAUUACCGAAAAUUAUCUGUUGCCCCGAGAGCUUGAAAAUUAUCAGGAGCUUCCCCGGUUGAUUCGUUGCAAACAAAUCGAGGUGUUCGAGGUUGCGUUCUACAGGCUAAAAAGUUUCCAUCAGCAUUUGAGACAUUCAUUCGUUCCCCGGGAGGCUUGAGGGAAAUUUUCCGAUUAAUGUUGACGGCCGAGGGGUGUUGGGUGGAGGAAUUCACGGAACGAUGGAAAAUUAUUCGAGAGCGCAAUUGAGUCCAGCGGAAGUUCGUCCUAUCAAAAUGUUCAAUUGAGUAGAAAUGAACGAAGAGCUACUACGCAAUUACCAGGUGCAAUUUCCACAAGGUCGAGUGCAAUUUUUGAAAAAAUUUUAUAACCAAAGAGUGGAGUGAAUUUGAAUAUUGCGUUGUGAUUGGCUCAUAUCCAAUCCAGAGAAAUUGUCAGAAUAAUACGGUAUUAUCUCUCGAAUGCGCCUGGUUCAUUUAUCAAAAUUCAAAGGAAGGAAAUAAUUACUGAUAUAGAUGAAAUUUAUGGCAUUGUAUACUGUCGCUUGAUAGAUGAGGAUCAGAAGACUAAAAAUAGUUAUCGGAACAGUAGUAUUUUUCGGUCCAACUUUGCUGAAGGCCACGAAUCUGUCGGUGGAAAUUCUAGAAGGGGAAUACCAAUGGAAGUGGAGAUGAUCUGCUAUGAAUAAAUUUUCCAAUCCCUCACCGGUGGGACCCUUAUUCAUGAAGCGUAAUGUCCUGAAUACAACUCGAAUUUGAUUAUUUCUAAUGAUUGGAAGGUUACGAAACCAAUACCUUAUUGAAGUGACAGUAUUCCGAUUUUAAAUUUUGAUUUCCCGUUGUUGGCAUUCGUCCUAGAUUUGAAAAAAACUCGAUUGUGAAAGUAAUCAUUCACCUUCGCGCUUACAUUCAAUCUAUUGACAGAAGAAUUGACUCUCGUUAUAUUUAACUUUUUUCCGCCUGGGAUAUCGCAAUUUGUAUCCACUUGCAUUGAGGUUCGGCUUUUGUUAUUGAAAAACUAAAUUCAAAAGGGAAAAAAUUCAUAAAGAAAAGUGAUGUCUUGUCUCUCUCGGCAUUGAACUUAUCUACACCCCCGAAGCGACCCUCACCCUUCCCUCAACACAUUUAAAAACCCUUUAUCGGCUAGUAAAUCAAUCAUACGGUACCAGUCUACUGGUCAAUCACGUUGUUGCAACUUAUAACGAAAUUAAAAUUAAUACAAUUGGAAACACCUCGACUGUUGAGGGGCAGUAAUUUGUUAUGUAGGGACCUAGACAAAGCCAAUUGAAAGAAGUACACUUGUAAAUAGCCAAUUUUUCAAUACUGAAGAAAUUGGAAGUUUGUUAUUGUUUUACAAGCUGAGGUAUUUGUGAUAAUUAAGUCGUGUCUUGUAUGAUAGACUCGACUCCACAGUACCGCGCGCCUAAACAUUUGCAAAUAUUAUACAAUUAGAAUGACGAGUAGUGAAUAAUUAGCAUAAAUAAAAACAGCAGGCCUGUGAUCCUCAAAGAGAUCAAAAUAUUCAUUAAGAGAGAGUUAAAUAAACAAGUACAAUGAACUAUGUUUUUUGAACUCUUUGAGACUUUACAGCUGGUAAUUUCAUAACGAUAAGGAUACUUACAAUUUGUAUUAGAAAAAAAAACAAAAUACAAUACCAAAAUAGUUUACCAACGAAGUUAAAGAGAAACAAAAACAUGGUGAAUGAUAGGAAAAGAAAUAUGAAAAGAAGAAUGUGUGAGAAUUGUUGUACGAUUAAACGUAGAGGUCAUACAGUGAUACUGGAGAUAAGUGACACGAGUGAAGGCGUUUAUUAAUCUAAUUAAAAUACACCAUAUUUUUUUUUGGUUCUUUGAGGAGUGAUGGUUCGCUCUAAAUAAGUAACGUACUCCAUGCCUUACAAACAGUAGACUAUACAGUUAUAUGUAAGCGUUUUUUAGGUAGAAUAAUGGAUGGUAACUAGUGGUCAGUGGUACCAGCGUUUUUCGAGAUUCAUUAUUUUUUUUGUUGCUUUAUUUACGAACCUGUUUCAACGAAAAGGAACAAUAUUAAUUAACUGGAACGAUUGCUGUUCUUUCUACAUUUCCGAUGUGAAUGUAAUUCGGGAAUUUCAACCGCUGAGGAAGUUAUAAAGUUACGAUUUGGAAAGAAUGGAAUUGUUGGAUAUUAAUUGAUAUUUUUUACACAACAACCCUUUUUACAUUCUCAAAAUGGUAGCAGUUGCAGUAUUUGAGGUGGAAGUGUAAUACACAAAAUUUUGGUCAGGGCAGAAGAGGAACAGGGAAGAAGUCAAUCAAAUCGAUUCAAUUAAGUCAAUAAAGUCAAUUCAAGGAGGGGAACGCGACCAAGUUUAUAAGAACUUAGGGAUUGUUAAUGGUAGGUCUUAUGGGUCUUCAUGCAUGCACCAGUAAUGUUGAUAACAUUGUUCGGAUAAAGAGAUCUCGUCAGCGUGGGAAAUAAAGUCGCGAGUGGAGAUGGGAAUAAUUAACAUUCAUUUAAAUGGCAAAUUUUUUUUCUCUGGACAAGAAGAGUCUCUAGAUAUCCAAAAGAAUUUACUACAGACAUAGAAAAGUGUCUGGCUAUAAUAGAAAGAUCCCCUAAGGCAGCAAUAUUACAAUUGAAAAAUCGCUACACGAUUGGAAUCGAUAGUAUCUUUUGACAGAUCGGUGAGAGGUUUUGUUAACUACACACGCUUUUAAAUUUGGUCAUCCUUCUUGGUACCUUCUCGGGUACCAUUUGCCUUCGUUAAGUGCUCCACAACCCCCAUGAAUCAUAAAACACUUUUACACCCUCGUACGGCAGUAUAUUAUUCUUCGGGAGGAAAAUUAAAUCCAUUUUGCCGAGGACACCGGAAAAAUUAUCCGCAGGUUAUAUUUGUGUACGCUCUACAAAUUUCUAAACCGAUUCAAUCUUAUAUCUUUUUUCUAGUUCACGAAAAAAUCAACGGAAAGUAUCACUGACUAUCAGUUAUUGUAAUUUAGAAUUGAAGGUGAUAAGGUUUAAAUACGAAAUAAGAGAGGAAAAGAAUAAAUUCGUUCUGGUGAUUGUCGGAAUUAGUAUCUCGAGCACCGGUUUUCAAACUUACAUAAACUGAACAUCUAGUAACCACCUGUAUACUUAUUAAUAAUUUUAAAUCAAUUAUUGGGACCCAUGAAAUCGAUAUUUGAUCAAAAAACCAAAAAUCCAACUCAUCUUUUGAACCAAAAAAAUCGCAUGGCAAAAAAUGUACAAUGAGACAAUUGGAGACAUUAUGAUUAGUUGGAAAAAAUUAAAGCAAGACAUUGAGAGUUAUCAGUGCCUCCAAAUUGUCUCCAUGGAAGUUAAAAAAACUGGAAUGUCAUAAAAUUUGAAUUCACCCGACCUUCCUAUUGUCAAAAGAACAAUAAAACGUAAUGAUGAAUAAAUACUGGUCAGUUCCACAUUCUGUUGAUUGAAUUGUUACUUAAAAUUGAUUGAAAUGCACAGCGAUCAUUAUAAAAAUAAUAACGAAAAUCACCGUUAAUUCCCCUGCCACCCUCCUCCAUAGGAUAUGUAUAGCGAAAUAUGUAUUUACAAUAGUCAUAGAACUCAUUAGAAAAAUUCCGACGAUGGUUAAGAAAAUGUUGAGCUGAUAGAGAACAAUACAGUGUAAAGAAAUAAACAAAAAAUAGAACUAUAAACGAGUGAGAAAUGUUCUUUUCCUUGAGCUUGACUAGAAGAAGGAACGUCAAAUGUCAAAAGGGAUUUAGGGGAAAGAAUGUAUCAGAAGAAUAUAUUAAUCUUUAACGCACUCGUUGGUAAAUGCUGUUUACACCUAAUGUGAUAACAUAUCUCGCAUUUGUCUGAAAUACCAUUUGUCAACUGGUAUGUUAAUACGAGUUAUUCCAUCAGCCUGUUAAGCUUUCGAUCAUUACGAUAAAUCAUUUCUUUCCAAGCCAAUUAUCAUGAUGAAAGAAACAAACAUUAAUUUUCACACACCUUUACCUCUCGGUCUCUGUAAAAUCAAUUACCACAUAUCUGACGGAUUUCCAUUUUCAUUCAUUAAUUUAGAAAUUCGAAAAUAAUACAACAUGUUAUUUAUAGAUAAAUUCAAUCCAAACAUGUGAUUGAUUCAGUGAUAAUAAAAUGGCAGUGUGAUAGUUACCGAUUACAAAAAACAAAUGACGUGAUAAUAACAAAUAUUAUUUAUAUUUGAUCAUUGUUAUUGAAUAAUUUCAAUUGUUCCUUCGGGAUUGUGAUAGGGAGUGAUUUACAGAGACUAUCGACAUUUAUUUUUAUUCUUUCCCCAUUCUCUUGGUAUAUCGUUGCAUUGUACCGAUUUUAUAUCGACGGAAGUUAUAGAGUCAAUACAGAUAUUGAGUAGUUUUGUGCAAGAAAAGGGUCGACGUUGCCAGAAACAACCGAAAAAUGUGUCAUUGGAAAUUAUUAACAUUUUUAAACCUUCACAAGAUAAAAAACACUGCGGCAAAUUCUUCGAUUCAUCAUAGAAAACAGUCGUCCCCUUCUCGUACAAUAUAUCUCGCAUAUAAAUGUAUAUUAAUAUUAUGUGUUUUACUUACAAUAAGUUUGUUUUUUGUUCUCUCCAACUGUUUAUUUCCACUCUGUCAAAACACUUGGACGUCUUCAUUCUUCCCUGUGAAAUAAAUCAUCGGGUGAUAAGAAAGGAAUGUAAAUAAAGGAUGAUAACAAAUAAAUAA